AUUCUCUGCCCAUUGUUUCCUCUCAGCGUUUGGACAGAGGAGUCAAACUGCACAGUGCUGAACUCCAGUAUAGUUGCUGAGAUUAACUGUAGCUACAGUUGCGGCUCAGAGUGCAGGAAGAGCUCCAGGUUUCCCUGCCUUCAGGUAUAUGUCAGUCUGAAUUUCACUGGCAAAGUUCUGCGGCUGUCAUACAACGAGGAGGCCCAUGAGGCCCACACUGAGUGUUUUUACAUCCCAAAGUGCCGUAAGGAUCACACACUGAUGCAGAGCAUUGUGAUGAACAUCUCAGAGCGACUGAAGACGCACCAACAGGUUUUGUGUUACUAUGACCCCUCAGCGCAGCAGGACAGCGUCCUCCUGACACGUCUCUAUGGCCGCGGGGCCAUCAUUAGCUCUCUUCUCUGGCCCACAUGCACGCUGGUGGGGGGCACGCUCAUCAUCGCAAUGGUGAAGCUCACUCAGUACCUGUCCUUCCUGUGCGAGCAGAUCAGCCGCAUUAAAAGGAUAGGGCUCUAUCCCCUAACGCGAGCUUCUCACACCAGGGUCUGCACUCGGAGGUUUAAUGGCGGCAUCCAGGAUGGGGUUUGAAUGGAGGUGGCCACGUGUAAAUUUGUCAACGAACCUGUUUUCUACCCCUACGUAUAUAGCGAAGUGUUUCCGCUCUCAUGUGGUCUUCCUUUGACGCUCCAUCAACCUUGUUAAUCUGCCGAGUUGUAUUAACAAGGCCGAAGCAAUGUUGUGAUCGAAAACUUCCUGUACCAUUGAGAUCAGGCUCAAUAGAGCUUCUAGUGGUCGCAGUUGGAACUUUUUACAAUAAGACUGGGUCAAGUCCAAUCCUGAAACUCGAGGGUCAAAAUAUGUGGUCAUGUUGUGGGGUGUUGAUUACACUUUCUGACCAACAGAUCAAAGACUCCAUUCCAAGAAGACGUCACUGUGUAGCGAUAUGUCUUGACCAGCUGACGCUUAUGUAAUCGCAGAAAUUAAAAGUAUGAAUAUGCUACUUCCAUCAGCGGUGACUGCUGUCAUUCAUGGCUCUUUGACAAACACCUGUGGAUCUCUUCAAAACCAAAGGUCAUAUGUUGAAUGUGAAUAUACUGUAUCUCCUAAAGGGAUAGU